AGUACAACACCUGAUGAGUUGGAGUCUAGCAAGGAAUUUACUGGACAUGCCAAGAGUAUUUCCACACUUCAAUAUUUCAAUGGAAAGCUUUAUUCUGGUUCUCAUGAUGCGACUCUCAGACAAUGGGAUCCAAGUGGAUCAUGUCUCUUUGUCUUUAAAGGACAUGGAAAGUUUAUUUCUGCGAUGAUUACAUCACCUGAAGGUGUUAUUUAUACAGGAUCAGAUGAUGGUGAUAUAAGAUCAUGGGCAGCUGAACGUCAAGUCAUUCUUCAUUUCUUUAAAGGUCACACUAAAACAAUUUCAUCAUUGACAUUGCACGGAAAGAAACACUUAUAUAGUGGAUCUUUUGAUAAUGAUAUUCGUAAAUGGGAUGCUGAAACUGGUGAAUGUUUACAAACUUUUAGAGGACACACAGAUAUUGUAACUGGUAUUGCUGUUAAAAAUGAUUACAUUUACAGUUCAAGUGCUGAUAAAACCAUUC